UGGAUGGGUGCGCAGACGCAUCAGGUGAGCACCAGGAGAGGCACCAAGACGCACAGCGGCACGAAUACUGUACCCAGAACCAGAUAGUAUUUGGGCUUUUUCUUCUUUACUCGUAUUAGUAGGGUGAGUUAUAAGAAUAAAGUGGAGGAUUUGGCGAAACACCGAGAUAACACUUAGAUAAAGACCGAGGAAAGCAGAACUACUUUCUAAAGAGCGCUAAUGGGCACGCACUGGACCAUAAACCCCAGCUGUGAAAACUCCCUGUCCUGAAGCAGCAGUGGAACACAGACACCCCAUAGGUGAAUCUGGUUUUGAAUUCAUCCAAGAAGUAAAAGAAAAAUCAUGAACUUGUCAGACUCUGUGUGGCUCUUGGAAGAGCCAUGGAACAUCAGCAGGGCGGAGGCAGAAGAUCAAAAACUUUUAUUCGGGAUCGGCACGGAUAAUUUCAUCACGCUGCUGGUUUUCGGGCUCAUCUUUAUGCUCGGUGUGCUGGGCAACUCCAUGGUGAUCACGGUGCUGGCCCGGAGCAAACCUGGGAAACCGCGGAGCACCACCAACAUCUUCAUCCUCAACCUGAGCAUAGCGGACCUGUCCUACCUGCUCUUCUGCAUCCCCUUCCAGUCCACCAUCUACAUGAUGCCGACGUGGGUCCUGGGAGCAUUCAUUUGCAAAUUCAUCCACUAUUUCUUUACUGUGUCCAUGCUGGUGAGCAUCUUCACCCUUUCUGCCAUGUCCGUGGACCGAUACAUUGCCAUUGUGCACUCCAGAAAGUCCUCCUCAAUUCGGGUGGCGAAGCAUGCUUUCAUCGGGGUGGUGGUGAUUUGGAUACUGUCCCUGGUUAUGGCAGCGCCUGUCAUGUAUUACCAGAACAUUUUUCACAGAGGGGAGAACUACACUUUUUGCUGGGAAGUGUGGCCCGAUCAAAACCAGAAGAAAGUGUAUGUCGUGUGCACGUUUGUGUUUGGCUAUGUGUUGCCUCUGCUGCUGAUUUCCUUCAAUUAUGCAAAGGUUUUAAAUCACUUACACAAAAAACUAAGAAAUAUGUCCAAAAAGUCAGAGGCGUCAAAGAAAAAGACAGCUCAGACGGUGCUGGUGGUGGUGGUGGUGUUCUGUAUUUCUUGGCUCCCUCAUCACAUUGUUCACCUCUGGGUGGAGUUUGGGACCUUCCCACUGAACCAGGCCUCUUUCGUGUUACGGGUGGCUGCCCACUGUCUAGCGUACAGCAACUCAUCCGUCAACCCGGUCAUCUACGCCUUCCUGUCAGAGAAUUUCAGGAAGGCCUACAAGCAGGUGUUCAAAUGCCAAAUCGGUGCCAGUGACUCACCACUCAAUGACAUCAAGGAGAUCCGCAGCAAAGCAGACACGCCGCCCUCGACUAACUGCACCAACGUUUGACUGACAAGGUGUGGAUGGUGACAAGAAAAUUAACAAUGGAAACUGUCACACUGAAACUCAAAAUAAAGUCACUGUGACAGAACUGUCAGAUAUCAGUAGGUGUGUUGAUUUUUUGUAGGUAAGUAUGUUUGACUACGACUGUCCUGUUCUACAGGCGCUGCUCAUUAUACCUGGAAUAGAGUCGAUAAAGCCACUGUGGCUGCAGACUAUGCUCUCCUUGAAUCAGUCUGCAUCUGUUCUUUAAUAAUGAAAUCUUGUGGCAGUUGAAACACAUAAAUGAUUCCCCUCUUAGGUAAAACCCAUUUUGAUUACAUAUGCCACUUCACUGUAUAUUUACAAGCCAGUGUAUUCAAGAUAUGAGGUACAGUAACUGUACUAUCAGACCUAAGUGUUAAAAAUCUCAAUUAGUACAAAAGUAAACAAAAAAAGAAAAGAAAAGGAGAGUAAGGACCACGAAAUAUUGAGUGAAAACGCUGCUACAGUAAAACUACUGUCUCUGUUCUAUCUCAAGAACAGAAGUGUGCUUGCUUUUUUUAGGAACCUGUAAGGGAUUACAAUUUCAACUCCAGUAAAGAAUUUACUCUUAUUAAUCCCAGUAAUGCUCCGUUGACUGAUUUGCUGUCUUAUCAGAAAUAAGAUGCUGGGUUGAUAGUACUUUUCUGACAGUACUGGCCUGGUAUGUGUUAGUUCGAGUAGUGGCUGCUGCUGUCUAAUCACUAAAAAAUACACAUAAACAUUUUAGAAGAAAUGAUCCAAUAUUGUAAAACAAACAAACAAAUACUUUACAGUAGCAUAAACGCUCAAAACAUUUUAGACCAAUGGUAUAGCUGGGUUGCUGUAACUUUUCUGUGUGGAUACCCUGCUCAGUAUUUUGGCUACCAGUUGUCAGUCAGGCUCAGAACUUCCUGUCCUCUCUGUGGUCGACUAUCUUUCUGUGAGGUUACUGUGGUCUCUCAACCAUUUUCCCCUCCUCAUUGUUCUUUCAGCAACACUGUUAGUGGACCACAAAUCAUUUUGUUCUGGGUUUAAAAAGAGUAAGCCUUUACUUUUGUGGAACUGUCUAACUUGCAGUAGACUGACUUAAUUUUCCAGACAAUAUCUUUGUGAAGCUGCCCCCUCGGCUAGCUGCUGAUGGUGUUCAGAUAGCAUACCUCCAAACCGUAGGCUGAACCUUGGUAGACUACAACAUUUUGUUUUGUAUAUCUCCAUGUGUUAAAUAGAAAAAAUGCAGUGUGUGGAUGUGGAGUUAUGGGGAUGUUAAAAGGUAUGUCAGAUGUGUGCAAAGUAACCAAGGUAAUGCAAGAAGCUAUUACAUUUUUAAAUAACCUGCACAACACUGCUAAAUAAAAGCAUCCCACUGUAGAUUAGAAAAAAUAACUACCAUUCCCAUCGCACUUAGUACGUGUACAGCGUGUACUUUCAACAGAUUUGGUUGUAAAUAUUAUGGACACUGAAGCUGAUAUUUACAUAUACCUGUGAAAGCCUCACUCUACUUUUGGUUGUUAUGCUAUUUCAAAAGUUUUGGAUCAUACUGUGCUGUGCGACUGAGCCAGGCUGUUGGACACGCAAAGUCACCCUUUCUAACCAAUAAAAACAUCUACCAGGAGAUCCUGUGGAAAUAAUAAAGAAUUUUAAUGUUGUAUGUCAUAUAUAUGUGGCCAGAAUCAGAAUCCACCUAGCCUACCAAAUUGUUAGUGUUGAUGGCAAACCUGGCAUUGACUAACAUUUUCUUUAAGUUUAAUAAGCAGCUUGAUCUACAGUCCCAUGGGGUAUUGAUGGGUUCAGGUUUUGGCCCUCAUUGUGUCAAGUCAUGUUAUGUCAUGUCAGUUAUGGCUCACAUAAUCAGGUUCAAUGUGGCACAGUACCUGUGAGGUUUCCUUUCUGGACACCAGGGUUUACAUUCGAGGUGGACAGAUGCUGACAACCCUCUGCACAAAACUCACAGGCAAGUACUCUUCAUGCCUCUAGCUUUCACCCUGCUUCCCUAAAGAAAGAACUUUCUUAUUCUUAGUUUCUGAGACUAUAACAUACCUGCUCCACUGUGGAAGAUUUUGAAUUUGUCUCAGAAAAUUCACAGAAUGUUCCAGAAGAGAGCCUAUCCAAUUAGUUGGCUCGAUUCAGCCCUUGCGAAAGUCCACAAAAUGGAUGUUAACCAAGUGAGGAAUCAUAGGUCCACAAGGGGUCAUUGAUGUGUGUGCAACCACUUAAUCUCCUCUUAGUGAGGACAUUAAGAGAAUUAUUGAGAAACACUGGGAUGUUUUUUUCUAUAGAUCCAGGUCAUAGAGUGCCGUUCCUCUAACACUCCUCCUUUCUCCUAUUACAAAGAAAGAAAUGCAAGAGAUUAUCUUGUAAAUGCAGAUUCUUCCAGUCCUUCUAUUUCCAUCCAUAGAAAUGUGGACAGAAUGACUGGCUUUUUUCCCUGUUGCAACUGUGUGGUGUGUGAGAAUUGUUGGAAAACAAACACAAUUACAAGCCACACUGCAGGUAAAACUCUGAGCAUCAAACAGUGUCUCAGCUGCAUAUCAGUGCGUCAUUCACCUCCUUUCAUAUCUGUGUGACAUUCGGUGCACUGGGAAAACAAACAAUCUGUGAAAAUGCACAUUUUGGAGCACAGAAGUGCAUAUGCAGAAAUAACUCAGAGUAAUUUGUUGCUAGACAUUUCAAAGGAACUGGCCAUUCAGUCUCAACAUUGUCAUUGUGUGCCAUACAACAAACUGGAAAAUCACAAAGAGGUGGUAACACUGAUUCAAAAAUUACUUAGAGCAGAAUCUAAAUGGAUAUUUUACAUGAGAACACCACAUCCAGAAGGUCUCAAUGAUGAAUUAUCCUUGUUUUUGUAACAGUUUAUUGUUGUCUUUUUGAUCACUGCUAUUGUGGUUUUUCUUUUCUUAGAUUUAUUGUAUAUGUAUAUUUCUAUAUGUAUAUCUGAAUGCGUAGUGGACUGCUAUUCUGCUCUUCAUGCAGGUUGUGUGAUCUGACCUAUGUUGCUAAUGAGUUCCUGUGAAACACCUUGUGUUCUUGGCUUCCUUUACCCUGACUACUCUUUACUUUACAGUGUAGCCUGAGUGUUAUGUCUGUAGAAUUACUGGGUCUGUAAAGUUGUGCUGGCAACAUUCACGUUUUUUCACUCCAUCAUUUGUCACACAUGUAAUAAAUGUAUUUUUUGGGAUCUGAAGAGCCUGUUGUGUGGGCACCUUUUUACAUAUGUGGAACA